UAAUUAUUAACUUCAAUUGAUAAAAUUGGGGUUAAACAAAUUGAUCAAAAUUUGAGAUUCAAAUUAGUUUCGACAACUCUAAUUGUGCGCUAUUUGUAAAAGAUCGUAGAAUAAUUUUAGGGUUGAGUGGGCAUUUUUCAUCCUUGCAAAAUGGCUUAGGGCUUUGAAAAUUGACAAAGGCUUUGCGACUAGAUCUAGGAUCUCCACAAGCUUAAACAACCCCAACUUGAAGACUAUUGUUUGAGUUCGAAAGAAGACCAAGUCUGCAAUCUGCAUCGAGGAACAAUUGGCUUGGAGAAUAAGAGAGAGAGAAAAGGCUUCUGAUGGGGAGGUGGAGAAGUGCUUUUGUAUCCACAUCUCAUCUUCAACAAACGGGUAACUCUAAAUCCGCCAUAUCUGUCCUUUCCCUGUUGUUCACUUAUCGCCCGAUCCUUCAUCUUAAAAGGGAUUGCUUUUGUUUCCAAAUACCACGUUUCUAUGCUACUGUUAGUUCCCCAAACACUGAAAAUUCUGUGAUUGCGAGGAGCAAAGGCAAGCAUCGGUUUCAGUUUGAUAAAAUUGAUGAAGCCUUGACUUUGUUUAAUCAGAUGAUUCAUAGUCAUCCCCGCUGUUCUAUUAUUGAAUUUACUCAAUUAUUAGCUGCCAUUGUUAGAAUGAAGCAUUAUGUAACUGCAGUUUUCCUUAUUAGAAAAAUGGAGUUGCUGGGUAUCCAACAUAAUGUUUAUACUCUCACCAUAUUAGUUAAUUGCUUCUGCCGCUUGCAUCGUGUGGAUAUCGGUUUCUCUCUUUUGGCAAAAAUGUUUAAACUUGGUCUCCGGCCUAAUGUCAUAACAUUCUCCACUUUGAUUAAUGGAUUUUGCAUUGAAAGGAAAGUAUCUCGUGCAGUGAUGUUGUUCAAUGACAUGAUUCGGGAAGGGUUUCAGCCUAAUUUAAUUAGCUAUAGUACGAUUGUUAAUGGCCUUUGUAAAAUAGGUGAUACUCAUGGGGCUAUUAGAUUGCUAAGGCUGAUGGAAAAAAGAGGUUGGGCACCUAACGUUUUAACAUACAGCACCAUCAUUGAUAGCCUUUGUAAGGAUGAGAAUGUAACUGAGGCUUUGAAACUCUUAUCAGAAAUGAGAUUUAAAGGUAUCCUGCCAAAUGUUGUCACUUAUAGUUCCUUAAUUCAUGCUAUGUGUAAUUCGGGGAAGUGGAAAGAGGGUAUGAGUUUAUUCAAGGAAAUGGUGGCUAAUAAUGUCUUGCCAAAUGUUGUCACCUGUAAUAUAUUGGUUGAUGCACUUUGUAAAGAAGGCUUGAUUUCAGAGGUUCAUGAUGUGGUUGGGAAAAUGUUUCAGGCAGUUGUUAGAUCUGGUAUUGUCACAAACAAUACAAUGAUGGAUGGAGAUUGUUCGCAGAGUGAAAUAUACGAGGCAAAAAAGGUGUUUGACUUGCUGGUUGACAUGGGUUGUGCCCCAGAUCUAGUUAGUUACAAUACUUUAAUCAAUGGAUAUUGCAAAGCUAAGAGGAUGGAUGAGGCAAUGAAACUUUUUCAUGAAAUCUCUGAUAGGGGAUUUAUUCCCGAUGUUGUUACUUAUACCAUUCUUAUAAAGGGCAUGUGCGAAGUUGGGAGACUUUCGAUUGCGCUAGAACUUUUCAAGGAGAUGUCUAAGCAUGGACAAAUUCCUAAUCAAAUGACGUAUUCAGCUUUGCUGGAUGGCUUAUGCAAACAUGGUCAUAUUUAUGAGGCAUUGGAAUUCUUUCAAGCAAUGCUUAAUGGUGGGUUGGAACCUAGCAUUUUCCAUUAUGGCAUUCUACUUGAUGGCUUGUGUCAAGUUAGGGAGUUUAAACUUGCAAGGGAAUUGUAUAGUGAAAUAUUUGUCAAAGCAUUGCACCCAAACAUUAACGUAUAUACUAAUAUGAUCAAAACACUUUUUGAAGAAGGACUAGUAAAUGAAGCACUGGAGCUGUUUAGGAAAAUGGAAAAAGGUGGUUGCCUGCCAAAUAGCUGCUCCUAUAACACAAUGGUCCAGGGGUUUCUUCGAAAAAGUGAAAUGUCUAGUGCAAUACAAAUUCUUCAUGAAAUGGCUAACAGGGGAUUUUCUGUGGAUGCCCCCACGGCAGUCAUGCUAGUUGAUAUAUUAUCUAGUGAGGAAACAAAUCAAAGUUCUUGUAAAGUAGUCCAUACAAACUAUGAAGAUCAUCAAAUUGUAAAUGUCAAGUGAUUUCUUCCUAUUCAAUAUCAGGGGAGUAAAUUCUAUCAUAUCUCCCACAGCGUGUCAGUUUCUAUUGACAUUGAGAACGAAAAAACUAUUUCACACCUGGUUUUCUCAUCAUACAUGUCUAUUUUUGUGUCUAAUUUUUGCAGUACAGAUAGGUGGAAAAGCACCAAAGCCGGAGGCUCAGCUGUAGCUUGCCAUUUCUUCUUAUUUUGGAUGAGAUUAUGAUGAUGAGUAUUUUCAUUAGAUUGUCCUUUGAUCCUUAAAAGAUAAUUACUAUGGCCUCUAGAGUAGUCUUGUACACCAGAAGUAAAAGCAGAUACUUUGUACAUGUAACCUGAGUUAUGCAUAUAUGAUGAUUUUAAAUAUCUGUGGACUUCAAUUUUAAUGUUGUACAAUUUAGUCUCAAAUCCACUCUUUCUUGGGGAUUUCUUUUUUGGAAUUUCAUUGAAAUAAUCAUGUUUUAUAUUUAAUGGUUCUCUAUGUCAAUGCAAGUAUAAAGCUGGUUCAUUCUGUCGGGUUCAAGUGAUUUGAAUUAUUUGGAAGUGAUUAGCAUCAAU